AUGCUCGCUUUGGAGCGCCCUGCUCGCGAGCAAUCCUACCUCCAGCAACUCCCCAUGGAUCCGUCUGCCUUUAGCAGCCCGCUAGACUCUCUUGACCCGCAGCAACAAGCGUUCUUUGGGGUAUACAACCAUAAUAGCAGUCUUUCAUGCGAUCCUUACCCGUUCAUGCUCCAGCAACCCUUGGCCCUGGACUCUCCGCUGCUUUACCCUGCCAAAAGUGAUUUAAGGCUGGCGCCAAAGCCAUCAGGCUCGCCACAGUUUCUCCCGCUCUCUCAGCUGGGCGAUCGGUACUCUUCGAUCAGUUCCUCGGCUUCUACCCACUCCCUCCCCAGCGCAACAAACUCGUCAAUAGGCUCCCCUUAUCAAGACCAGUGGCUUGACAUCGACGUCUCCGUUGGUGCGGAGCCGGUAGCCAUGGUUGGCGAAGGGUAUCCGAACGACUUCCUGUCAAAUAGCAUCGACCUGAGAUGCUAUAUGCGAGCGAAAAGUUUUCCACUCCUUACGUGGCCAAUGCAACAGAAUAACAGCUUUUCGGGAGUAGCCGCGACGUACCCAGAGGAAUCACCAUAUCCCUUCAUCUCUUCACCCGCCUUCGCUCCUCUCUCACCACACUCUCCUCUUAAUAUUUCUCAUACCCCUCAGCAGCAGUCCCAGAGCCUAUCUGGAUCCCAGAAGCAGGAGAAGCUCGACGUGAAUCCUUCCUUUGUGCAGCAAAAUACUUUCUCGACACCUAGACCGUUCCAGGGGCGCAGGUCGUCCAUUUCCUCCAUUCAUCCCCGUCCAUCUGCCCGCACCUCUCCAGCCCGAAAUGAAGCCGAGGAUGAUAACGAGAAAGGAAGGUGUCCUCACCCGGACUGCGGCCGUGUCUUCAGGGACCUCAAAGCUCAUAUGCUCACUCAUCAAUCGGAACGUCCCGAAAAGUGUCCGAUCGUGACCUGCGAAUACCACCUAAAAGGAUUCGCACGAAAAUAUGAUAAAAAUCGCCACACAUUGACACACUACAAAGGGACCAUGGUUUGCGGUUUCUGCCCUGGAUCGGGCUCUGCUGCUGAGAAAAGUUUUAACCGUGCCGACGUAUUCAAACGCCAUCUCACCACAGUACACGGUGUUGACCAAUCUGCCCCCAACGGCAGGAAGAAAACUCCUCCCUCCGUCCCCAGUGGGAAGCUGUCUAGCUAUUGCCAGGAUGCCACCGGUAAAUGUUCCACAUGUACUGCGACAUUUUCCAGCGCCCAAGAGUUCUACGAGCAUCUUGACGAUUGCGUCUUGAGAGUAGUACAGCAAGAAGAACCCUCUGAGGCCAUCAACUCCCGAAGGCUGACCGAAGUCGCUUCCGACGAGGCUGUCCGUGACACCAUGGAGCGACACAUGCUGUUCGAGCCAAAUGCCGCAUAUGUCGAAGAUAGUGAAGACAUCGACGACGCCACGGAAAAACAAAAUUACUCGUCUAACUCUUCCGUGAAGGGCUCUCUCACCAAGUCCAACUCCACCAGCAGUAAGGUGACCAAGAACCGCGUUUCUGCCUCGAGACGCCGGAAUAACCGAAACAAUUACCCUCCCUCGUGGAGCUGUCCCAACAACAAGAUGAAAAUGAAGCGACGUCUCCUCUGCCUGUACGAUGGCCCUCGCCGUCUAUGGAAAGAUGAGAUGAUGCUUGACAACGAGUUUGAGGUCCGACUCAAGCUCCCUGCCAGCGACUGCAUGGGGCGAGAGACUUAUGUUACUGAUCUCGAUAUCGAAACUCUGAAGCGAUCGGAGGGUGUGCUUAAUGCCACCGAAGAAGAAAAGGGCCCAUGGAUCCAGGACCCCAAUGCCACUGAAGGUCUUAUUGGGCCAACCGCAGUCCCGGUUAUCGAGCAUCCCAUGAAACUGGGUGAUGAACUCAACAUCGACGAUCUUAUGGGAUAG